AUGACCCGCGUGCGCUACACCGAACAGCGGAUCGCCUCGUGGCGCCAGCGCGCCAAAGCAGAGACCGCCUCGGCGCGAACCUCCUGUCGGGCGCGGACGCGGGAGGAGUUGCGGCGGUGGCCGCACCAAGUGGCCUGCCUGCGCCGCUGCCGCAAGUUUCUGGAGCGCGCUGCUGGGUCCAAGCGGGACUUCUUCGUGCAGAUGGCGACGGGCGCAGGGAAGAGUUUGGUGAUGGCGGACCUGCUGCAGGAGGUCGUGGCCACAGGAGGCCGUGCAUGCGUGGCAGUGCCGAAGCUGGAUCUCAUGGAGCAGAUAGCGCGGUUAUUGGAGGAGAUGUUGCCAGGUCACAAGGUGCGCCGUGUGGGCACCGGGUGGCGGGCGGACUUGGGGGCAGAUGUCUUUGUGUGCGCGCGGAACUCCGCGUGGCAGCUGGAGAAUCUGACGCUGGACCUCUUGCUGUUGGACGAGGCGCACCACUAUGAGCCGGGGCCGGAGGAAAGCUCGGAGGAGAUCCUCGGGGCGCAUGCGAAACAAGUGCUGUCGCUUCCUGCGAAGAAGCGGAUCUUCUUCAGCGCCACCUUGCGCCUCAGUUCGCCCGACUUCGACUUUGGUCUAAGGCCGGCAAUCGCGGUCGGGGUGAUCGCGGACUACUCGGUGAUGGUGCCGGUGCUGUCGGAGGGUGACCCUCAGCCAUGCCUGGUGGAAUUGAUCAAGGGGCUGCCGCUGUCGCGGAAGGUAUUGGCUUUUUGCAACACUGUUCAAGAGGCCAGGGCCUUUGCCACCCUGCUCAAUGCGGCGGACGUGCCGGCGGGCCACUACAACGGCCAGACGGCCUCCGCACGGCGCAAGGACGUGCUGCGAGGAUUUGAGGAUGGGGGGCUGCGGGUGCUGGUGACGGUGGACGUGCUGAGUGAGGGGGUGGACUUGCCAGCUGCUGACACAUGCCUGAUUCUUGAUGAACUUGGCUUUGUUUGGGAUGUUCGUGGCCACGCCUGGGAGCAAAGUUUUGACAAGCUGCAGGCCUACCAAGCAGAUUGUGGUGACUUGAUGGUACCAUGGAGCUACAGCAGUGCUGACGACUUUCGCCUUGGAAUGUGGGUCAACAAGCAGCGCACAGCCAAAUCUCAGGGCAAAUUGAGCAAGGAGCAGGUUGACCGACUGAACAAACUUGGCUUUGUUUGGGAUGCUUAUCGUCAUGCCUGGGAGCAAGGUUUUGACAAGCUGCAGGACUACCAAGCAGAGCAUGGUGACUUGAUAGUACCAUGCAAGUACCGCAGUGCUGAUGGCUUUUGCCUUGGACCCUGGGUCAACACGCAGCGGACCGCGAAAUCUCGGGGCAAAUUGAGCAAGGAGCAGGUUGGCCGUCUCAACAAGCUGGACUUUGUUUGGGAUGCUUAUCGUCAUGCCUGGGAGCAUGGUGUUGACAGGCUGCAGGCCUACCAAGUAGAGCAUGGUGACUUGAUGGUACCAUGGAGCUACAGCAGUGCUGAUGGCUUUCGCCUUGGAAUGUGGGUCAACAAGCAGCGCACAGCCAAAUCUCAGGGCAAAUUGAGCAAGGAGCAGGUUGACCGACUGAACAAACUUGGCUUUGUUUGGGAUGCUCGGCGUAAUGGCCGGGAGAAUGCUGUUGACAGGCUGCAGGCCUACCAAGCAGAGCAUGGUGACUUGAUGGUACCAUGGAGCUACAGCAGUGCUGAUGGCUUUCGCCUUGGAAUGUGGGUCAACAAGCAGCGCACAGCCAAAUCUCAGGGCAAAUUGAGCAAGGAGCAGGUUGACCGACUGAACAAACUUGGCUUUGUUUGGGAUGCUUAUCGUCAUGCCUGGGAGCAAGGUUUUGACAAGCUGCAGGACUACCAAGCAGAGCAUGGUGACUUGAUAGUACCAUGCAAGUACCGCAGUGCUGAUGGCUUUUGCCUUGGACCCUGGGUCAACACGCAGCGGACCGCGAAAUCUCGGGGCAAAUUGAGCAAGGAGCAGGUUGGCCGUCUCAACAAACUUGGCUUUGUUUGGGAUGUUCGUGGCCACGCCUGGGAGAAGGUUUUUGACAAGCUGCAGGCCUACCAAGUAGAGCAUGGUGACUUGAUGGUACCAUGGAAGUACUGCAGUGCUGAUGGCUUUCGCCUUGGAAUGUGGGUCAGCGUGCAGCGCACAGCCAAAUCUCAGGGCAAAUUGAGCAAGGAGCAGGUUGACCGACUGAACAAACUUGGCUUUGUUUGGGAUGCUUAUCGUCAUGCCUGGGAGCAAGGUUUUGAAAAGCUGCAGGCCUACCAAGCAGAGCAUGAUCGCUUGAUGGUACCAUGCAAGUACCGCAGUGCUGAUGGCUUUCGCCUUGGAAUGUGGGUCGACAAGCAGCGCACAGCCAAAUCUCAGGGCAAAUUGAGCAAGGAGCAGGUUGACCGACUGAACAAACUUGGCUUUGUUUGGGAUGCUUAUCGUCAUGCCUGGGAGCAAGGUUUUGACAAGCUGCAGGACUACCAAGCAGAGCAUGGUGACUUGAUAGUACCAUGCAAGUACCGCAGUGCUGAUGGCUUUUGCCUUGGACCCUGGGUCAACACGCAGCGGACCGCGAAAUCUCGGGGCACCUUGAGCAAGGAGCAGGUUGGCCGUCUCAACAAACUUGGCUUUGUUUGGGAUGUUCGUGGCCACGCCUGGGAGAAAGGUUUUGACAAGCCGCAGGCCUACCAAGCAGAGUAUGGUGACUUGAUGGUACCACGCAGGUACCGCAGUGCUGACGGCUUUUGGCUUGGACCCUGGGUCAACACGCAGUGGACCGCGAAAUCUCGGGGCAAAUUGAGCAAGGAGCAGGUUGACCGUCUCAACAAGCUCGGCUUUGUUUGGGAUGCUCGUCGUCAUGCAGGGCAGCGUGGCUUUGACAAGCUGCAGGCCAACCAUGGUGCGAUUCAACUACCGCAGUGUUGA